GCCCCAAAAAACAGGAAAUGACUCGGCACCAGCUUGUAAUCUUUUAGCUAAACAGACAUUUCCUGCUCUACUUGUUUUCUGACUUCUAGCUUCACCAUCUAUCCCAGUCGGAGAUCCCGCCGUACGGUGCAGCUUCCCAUGCGGCCAGCGCCAGCGCAUUAGCUCCUUUGGUGUUGUGGGCAGGACAAACACUGAGGCAUUGGCCACUUCUCCUCAGCCUGUUCGGUCAUCACUUCUUAUUAGAAUAUACUGCCCUAAACGUUAAUGGGUUUACUUGGGUUUAUUUGUUGUUGUUUUUAAAGCUUGCUUAGGUAACUUGCCCCCUGCUGUAGUAACACACACGCUGUGUGCGUGAAAGAGCGGGAGCGAGCGAGAGAGAGAGAGCCAGCGCAGAUGGACAUGGAGCAGUGUGAACCACUGAGCGGGCGAGAGCACCCAUGGAAGGCUGCCACCAUGAAAAGGAGGGCCUGGGCACAGAGCCGAGACUCCUGGCAGGCGCCUGAGUCCCAGGACGACGGGGCUGAGGAGCCAGUGCCCGCUAAGUCCAUGGAAGAGAAGCCCUCCGCUGCCGAAGAGCCAGGUCGGUUACCCAACAAAAUAGCAAGCUGGCUCCAGGACUGCAGGACUCCCCUGGGGGCUUCUCUGGAUGAACAGAGUGGAACACCAACCAAGGGAGUUUCAAAGAAUGGCUGCAGCUUUGAAGACGACCUGUCCUUGGGAGCUGAGGCCAACCACCUCCAGCCCAACGGCACCAAAGCUGAGGUCCCAUGCUAUGGGGUGCCAGCCGAGGAGAAGCGCACUCAGUUCAAGCAGAAAGGAAGGAGCAUGAACUCCACGGGCUCCGGCAAGAGCAACACCACAGUGUCCAGUGGGCUGUCUUCUCUCAGCGUGUCGGAGCUGCUGGACCUGUACGAGGAGGACCCCGAGGAGAUACUCUACAACCUGGGCUUCGGCCGUGAGGAGCCCAACAUGUCCUCCAAGGUGCCCUCGCGUUUUUUCAACGGCUCAUCCAGCGCCCGUGGCAUUGACAUUAAGGUCUACCUGAGCGCCCAGCUGCAGCGCAUGGAGCUGGAGAACCCCAACUACGCCCUGACAAGUCGUUUCCGGCAGAUCGAGGUGCUGACCACGGUGGCCAAUGCCUUCUCGUCACUCUACUCGCAGGUGUCGGGCCUGCCCGUGCAGAAGAUCGGCAACACCGUCGAGCCCGAGGCCGAGGCCAAGGAGCCGCCGCCUCUCAACCGCACCAACUCCACCCUCAACGCCGUCAAGAUGCUGAAGAGGAGCCUCACGCGCCACAGCCUGCUCACCAGCUCGGCUGAGGGGUCUGAGGGUGUUGCCGCGGUGACGAAUUCUGACCCCAGCAGCCCGGGGCUCGGGGGCACCGCAGCCGAAGAGCACACGAGCCCCACAGAGGUCAAGCCACCGAAGGCAUACAGGAAGAAGGACUCGCCCUCGCUGGCGACGGUGGCCGAGGAGGCCCUGCACGGGAGCACGGAAAGCUCGAGCAACGGAGAAGCCCCCGACCCCGCCGUCGCCACCUCCCCACACGUGGGCUCCGUGGACGGGGGGCUGGUGCUGGGCGUUGAGACCCCGGUGCUGGUGAGCAUCAGCGUGGCGUCGGAGGAGAGCGACGGCGGGCUGGCGGGGAGCGAGGUGGAGGAGUUGGGGAGCAAGCGGGACCUCCAGAGGACCAUCACCUCCACGCCGGACAAAGAGCCGUCCAACCUGCUGCCCAACCCACUCCUCGACCACCUCCGCACCUCCCCUCAGGCCCGCGAGUCCUUCGAGAUGGACGAGCUGCAGGAAGACGAGCCUGGCACACGCAGUACUUCUCGAGCUGGCAGUGAACUGCUGAGGACAGCCAGCCAACAGUCUGACAGUAGUGGAUUUGCUGAAGACCCCUCCACUGAUUGCUCAGCUAAUUAUCUAAAGGUGCAGGACAGCUCAGAUAGCUGCGACAGCGAGACCACGGUGACGUCCCACGCAGGUGACCCCACCACCCCUCUGGCCGCCGACACUGCACCCCUGGAGCUGGACGCCCAGGCCGUGCUGGAGACCCACAGCGAGGUGGAGGAGGAGGGAGAGGAGGUGCCCGAGUACAACGUCCACCAGAUCUCCAGCCUGACCGACACUAAAGUCCUCCAGCCAGUCAGUUCCGCGGAUCAGCCUGGUCUUACCACUGCCAACCAGUCUACUACAGAGGCCUUACCUCAGGCAGAGGCUGGGGUCUCGUUAGAACUCUCUUCAUCCAUGGAGGCUCCAUCUACUAAAGAGCUGGGUUCUCCUGCAGAACCGGGUUCUACUGCAGAACAAGAGGUCACUGCUGAUCGGGUGUGUGAGUCAGCACUAGGUUCCACUAAUGACUCAGACUCUGGUCCAGAGGCUCAUUCAACUCCAGGGCAGCCUGCUUCCUCUCCUAGCGAUCCUCCGGAAGCUUCCACCGCUGCCUCGGACAGCGCAGGUGAGGUGAUGGGCGCCAGCGAACGUGGUGCAUCUGAUCAGGUCCACUUGGCCCUGCACCGGGCACAGGAGCGAUCCUCUUCGGUGUGUGAGGACAGCGCUGGCCGGGCGCCGACCCGGGCCCAGGAGCUUCGGAAGGCCCGUCUGGGCCGGAACCCCAUGCUGCGGUCCAGCUCGCUGCCCUGCUCCAUGCUAACCCCUUCACGCGUGGUCUCCUCGCUCCGCAUCCAGCUGGGCCACGGCUCGAUCCGGCAACACACCCCAACUUCCUUCGCCUAUCACUAUACUCCAGACCCGGAGGGGGCGCUAGAGGAAGGCCACAAUGAGGAGGACGAGGAAGAGGUUGAGGAUGAGGAAGGGCAGCCCAGCUGCCGAACCACUCUCAUCAUAAACUCUCCUGCUGGUGACAGGAGCUCCGGUUCCGCCGCGAAGGACGGGCCGUUCUCACGGAUCCCCCCGUACCCGCUGACCCCGCCCAGGCACCUGGCCCUCUCCAACACCUCCCUCUACAGCGCCCCCCACGACUGGCCGCACCGGCCGCUCAGUGAGGCUGGCGGCUGGAGCAGCGUGCCUAACCUGACCCUGAACCAGCCUCAUCCCCACUCCCCCACGCACCAUCACGCCCUCCCCCACCACCAGCUCCUCCAGUUCCACUCCCCAUACCCCACAGGGCCGGUCGGCUCGCCCUACAACAGCCUCCACUCCUCCGUCAGCGGUGCCUUCCCCCAGCCCAUGGGCAGCUCCUUCACGCCCUCCACGACUCCCUUCUUCACCCCGCCUCAGAGUGCCUUCUUCACGCCACCGCAGAGUGCCAGCAUGCUCAACAGUGCCCCCUAUGGUCAAGGGCAUGGCAUUUCGCCUUACAGCUCCCCCUACCAUCCCCAGUACCCUCAGCAGCAGCAGCCUGAUAGUCGCUACAGUUCUCCAGUCCCUCCCUACAGUCCCCUCGUCCACCCUCACAGCGCCCCCUACAGUCUGCCCAGCAGCAUGCCAACACCUAGUCGCCUCGGACAGCCCUACAACACACAGUACUCUGGGCCUCCGUGUUUUCCCUUCCCCCAGGAGCCAGCACCCCUGCCAGCCCCCUCCACCACUGAGAUGCAGCUCAGGAGGGUCCUGCAUGAGAUCAGAGGAACCGUGCACAGCCUGGCCCAGGGCUCUUCCCCACGUCCUGAAGACCCUCUCACCAAUGCCUUCAGUCCACAUAGGUCUGUCCAGACGCUCUAUGAGGAUCUGCAGCUUAGGAAGAGGAGUCUAAGUGUGUUCCGUACGCAGAUGAUGGACCUGGAGCUGGCAUUGAUGAGACAGCAGUCUCAAGUUUACCAGCACCUAAGUCAAGAGGAGAGGCUAGAGGCAGGGCAGCUGCAGGGUCUGCGCGGUGCAGUCAGGCAGGAGCUGCAGGACCUGGAGCUGCAGGUGGAGGAUCGUCUCCUCACUCUCAACGAGCAGCUCCGCGCCGCUCAGCAUCCUGGCCUCUACCGCCACCCUAUGGCCAUGCACAGAGGUCAGAGUCUGGACAGCCUGUCCAACUCUUCAGCCCUGGAGCCGUUGUCUGACCUCCUGAGGGAGCAGCUGUACCUGCAGUCUGAGCUGGGCUACGAGGGGGGGCUCAGCUGCGCCACCACCCCCAUGUCGGGGCGCUCCUCGGGCACCGCCAGCCCCUCGAGGAGCAGCAGGGCCUCCGGACCCUCGUCACCCCAGAGGGGAGGCCUCUACCGGGCCACAGUCUGCCUCACCCCGGCCCCUCCUCCACGGCCCGGGGUGGAGGCUUCGCAGCCACUGGCCCCGGAGAGGGAAGACGGGCCAUCCGUGACGAUGGAGGGGGAUGAAGGAGAUGGGAUGGAGAGAUGCUCCAUCACAGGGAUGCAGGGGAGCCAGGCAGCUAUUAAACCCCACCUUCUGGAGGAGAGAGGAUGGGAAGGGGGAGCAGCAGGAGGAAGAGGAGGAAGAGUAGGAUCCGAGAGAGGAGCAGAAAACCCGCACAUGCAACAGCUGAUCAAAGAGAUCAAAGACAGCAUUGCCGACGAAAUCCGGCAAGAGAUCCUGAGCGAGCUCCUCGCCGCUGUGUCUCCCAGAAGAGCUGUGGUGGUGUCGAGGGAGCAGCCAUGAGCCGUGAGCGGACUGGGGGAUUUGUGAGAGAGCUGAAGAGGAGGAGAAAACAAAAAGGAAAA